CAGAGAGCUGACGGAGCAAGAGAGAGUCUAAUCUGUUGUUACCCUCUAUCCUCAAGCUCAUUGGACAGAAGUGAAAUAUUGACUGUGUGGACUUAAAGUGAGGAGGCAAGUGAGAUGAAACCGAGCGAACGAGACAAAGUCGCCUUAGUGCCCCCGAUCUCCCUCCUGACCAGUAGCCUACUGUGAGGUACCGCCUCUCUACACUCACACAGCUCAGGUCAGAAACAAAUCUCAUCCAUAUUCAUCAGUGUGUGUGUGAGUGUGUGUGUGUGUGUGCGUGUGCGGGCACAAGAGUGUGUGUGUGUGUGUGUGUGUCGGUGUCGGUGACUAAGUGAUUGUCAUUUCCAGCCUUCCUGUCCAUCUCAGUAAUACUAACGCUAUCCUGGAGGCCAUGCGGAAUAUAGAGACAAAUUAAGCUCACUUCCUGCUCUUUAUUUUGGAGGGAACUGCCUUUGCCUCACCUGUGUAUGUGUGUUGGACAGAGAAUUACUGUCGUCUUAGUCAUUUUAAAAUGCCAUGACGGAUACCUGUGAAGAAGAGGACAUGUUAGUGUCAUUGCGGUCUAUGGGAUUACACUAGCACUCGAGGUUAAUGUGACUGGCAGGCAGUGGAGCCAAUUAGCAGCCAUGUCUACAAGGGUGACGCCACAGGUUACGAUCCUGGUCCCGCCUCCAGGGAGUGCCCUGGAGCGGAUAGAGGAGGUUUCCGAAGACUCCCAGAAUAUCACAGGUCAACCAGUACCCACUCCAGGACUCUUUAACGUCAAUAAUAACAACAACAAUGAAGAAGAAGAGAAGGAGAAAAAGAAGAAAGAGAAAAAGGAGAAGAAAGAAAAGAAGGAAAAAAAAAAAGAGAAAAAAGAGAAAAAGGAGAAGAAGCUGAAGGAGAAAGAAGAGAAAGAGAGGAAGGAAAAGGAGGAGAAGGAGAAGAAGGAGAAAGAGGAGAAGGAGAAGAAGGAGAAAGAGAAGAAAGAGCCACCCAAAGAGAUCUAUGUAGUGGACCCAGCAGGAAACAUGUACUACAACUGGCUCUUUGUCAUUACGGUGCCUGUCAUGUACAACUGGACAAUAAUAAUUGCCAGGGCAUGUUUUGAGGAGAUGCAGCAUGACUACUUGACAUCCUGGCUCAUCUUGGACUAUGUGGCUGAUAUGGUGUACCUGGCAGACAUGGCAUUCCGUACUCGCACAGGUUACCUAGAGCAAGGCUUGCUGGUGAAAGAUGAGGCAAAGCUGCGUGACCGGUACAAAAAGAGUCUCCAAUUCAAGCUGGACCUGAUCUCCAUGAUCCCCACCGACAUCUUCUACUUGGUGUUCGGCAUGAACUACCCCGAGAUCCGCAUGAACAAGCUGUUCCGCGUGGGUCGCAUGUUUGAGUUCUUUGAGCGCACCGAGACGCGCACCAACUUCCCCAACGUCUUCCGCAUCUCCAACCUCGUCAUGUACAUCCUCAUCAUCAUCCACUGGAACGCCUGCAUGUACUACUCUGUCUCCAAGUGGAUCGGCUUUGGGAACGACGGCUUCGUCUACCCGGACCCCUCCGACCCUGAGUUCGCCCGGCUUGUGCGCAAAUAUGCCUACAGCAUGUACUGGUCCACACUGACCCUCACCACCAUCGGCGAGACGCCCCCUCCUGAGAAGAACUCCGAGUACUUCUUUGUCGUCACCGACUUCCUGGUGGGCGUGCUGAUUUUCGCUACCAUCGUCGGUAACGUGGGCUCCAUGAUCACCAACAUGAACCAGGCUAGGGCUGACUUCCAGGCCCGCAUCGACUCCAUCAAGCAAUACAUGGCUUUCCGCCACGUCUCGAAAGACCUGGAGCGGCGUGUGAUCAAGUCGUUCGACUACCUGUGGACCAACAAGAAGGCUGUGGACGAGCGCGAGGUGCUCAAGUACCUGCCCGACAAGCUGAGAGCCGAGAUAGCCAUCAACGUCCACCUGGACACGCUCAAGAAGGUGCGCAUCUUCGCUGACUGUGAGGCCGGCUUGCUGGUGGAGCUGGUGCUGAAGCUGCAGCCCCAGGUGUUUAGCCCUGGUGAUUACAUCUGCAAGAAGGGCGAUAUUGGCCGUGAGAUGUACAUCAUCAAGGAGGGGAAGCUUGCGGUGGUGGCUGAUGACGGCAUCAAACAAUUUGUCGUGCUGAGCGACGGUAGCUACUUCGGCGAGAUCAGCAUCUUGGCCAUCAAGGGCAGCAAGGCGGGCAACCGCCGGACAGCCAACAUUCGCAGCAUUGGCUACUCAGACCUCUUCUGCCUGUCCAAGGACGACCUGAUGGAGGCGCUCACCGAGUACCCCGACGCCAAGGCCAUGUUGGAGGAGAAAGGGCGGCAGAUCCUGCUCAAGGACAACCUGCUGGACCUGGAGCUGGCUGCCCAGGGCCCCGACCCCAAGGAGAUGGAGGAGAAGGUCAUUCACAUGGGCAUGAGCUUGGAGGUGCUCCAGACACGCUACGCCCGCCUGCUGGCUGAGCACGAGGCCGCAGAGGGCAAGCUGAAGAAGCGCGUCUCGCGCCUGGAGAGGAAGAUGGCCGUCAGCGCGGGGGUGGUCUUCUCCACCGAGAUGGUGGAGCCCGAGAAGAAGGACUAGGAGGGAGACAGGGAGGAGGGGAGAGGCAGGAGGAGGACAGCAGAGAAGGCCAGUCAGAGGGUAAUGGACAUGGGGGACUGAGAAAGCCCGCAGGAGACUCAGAGCCCUAAUCCUGACAGACUUUUACAGCAGGAGAGUGAUAGUAGUGAGACUGCUGUCCUUCAAAGUGAUAGCCUUCCACCCUGAAAUGUGGUGAUUCAGAGACUCUGUGAUCCUGUUGGUAUGCUGAAUUGUACACUGGUGUGUAUUAUUUAUGAAAGUAAAAAAAAAAAAAUGUCUGAGAGUUUAAAGAUCUGUUUGGAAGAACAAAAGUAUGACAUGGAUCACAACACCAAUCCUGAAACAGAAGAGCUGUGUUCUUCAUGCAGUAUUUCCAGGUGGGAAGUAAAAAGCAGCUCUGUGGCUGAGAUCAUGCUCAUUUCCUCUACAUCUACGUUCUCUUCCUACAAGAAUAUCGCAUGGGAAUUAUUUCCCACAAUUCAUUCUUUCUCCUGUGAGGUUUCACAGCCUCUUCUGUGAGGUCACCACAGCUGAAUUGUUGCCAUCAAUUCAAUAAUUUAUAUCAAACAUUUCAAGUUAACAUUGGGAAGAAACAAAGUACACCACAUAAUAGAUGCAGCAAAGGGUUCUGGAGAGCUUUAAAUUCCAAAAGCAUAAUCCUUUUUAUAUCAUAGCCGUCCUCCUGUCAAA